GGUGCGACCAGGUGGAGGAGCAGCCGGCACAGAGCCAGAGGCGGUGAAGGGCCGCGGACAUGGAGGCUGGCCCGGAAGACUGGGACAGACACCUACUGGAUGAGAACACCUUCACCCAGAACUUCCGGAAUGAUCAUAACCCAUCCAAGACCUACCUCUGCUACCAAGUGGAGCUCAGCGAUGGCAGCUCUGGGGUCCUUCUGGACCAGGAUAAGGACAUCGUUCAAAAUGAGGGUGGCGGGGGACAACAUGCCGAGUGGUUCCUCCUGGAGCACAUCCGCUCCAGGAACCUGGACCAGAAGCUCAGCUACAAGGUCACGUGCUUUCUCUCCUGGACCCCCUGCGAAAAAUGUGCCGAGGAGAUUAUUCGGUUUCUGGCCAAGAACAGACACGUGAGCCUGAGCAUCUUGGCCUCCCGCAUCUACACCAUGGGACCCUAUGUGAAGGGGCUGCGCGAACUGUACGACGCUGGGGUCCACAUCUCCAUCAUGACCUUCAGAGACUUUGAGUACUGCUGGCAGACCUUCGUGGACCACCAGGACUCACCCUUCCAGCCCUGGGCUGAUCUGGACAGGAGGAGUCAGCAAUUGUCUCAGCAACUUCGGGCCAUUCUCCAGAAGGAGCCUGAAGGAUGGACCUCAGUCUGCCUAUAGACCUCAGGAGGCGUCUGUGAACAGCAGAAGGAAACACUUCCUCCCAGGAAAUGCCCACUUGCCCUCCACCAACAUCUUCAGCUUGACCCAAGGAAACCAGCUUAAGGCAAUGGGCCCGGAAGAAAGUGUCUUUAAAAAAAAAAAAUCUGAGUAGAUUUCCUUUCAUUGAAAAAUCUGUCCUAGGUUCCAAACAUACAUCAUUAAGAUUACAGUCAACGCCGCGGAGGAGUUUUCAAUUUUUAGAGAAGUAAUUACUUUAAUUGAUUUUCGAUGCAGAGCCAUGCAGGGAAAUAUUAAGGAUCUUCUACCAACUGUUUCUCUGUAAAUGUGUCACGAUGUCCAGAGAGCUAAAUAAAGGCUUGCAACCCCUUGCAAACCUG